UGUAUUAUAAUAAUAACAAAACCACCUAAAUAAUAGUAAUAAUAAUUGUUUCCCGUGAUAAAUCGUUCGUCGUUAUCAGGGUCAAGUCGCAGACUGCUACACAUUAACGAUAUUGUUGUACAUCUCCACGGCUGUAUAUUCGUGACAUCUCUCUUAUCGUCCAUUUGUCUUCCCCCCUACAGUUUUUCCCAGUGAUUUAUUGGAUAAUAAUAUUGUAAUAAUAUCGUUUCAUUUCGUUGCUAUUUUCGUCCUUCACUGGGCUUUGUGUACACUAUUAUCGGUCGUCCAUCUGGUAAAACCCACUGGAUUUCGAUCUAUUCGUUUCUCGCGUUCGUUAGACCGUUGUGCGUCGUCCUUGGCCACAAWAUUAAUUCGUGAAAAUUCGUCGUUUAGCUCGCCCGUGUUACACUGUGCAGUAUUGUGCCUUGAACGACGUCUGCUUUUUCUCGGUCCCGACCAUUAACGAACCAAAUCCGAACGGCUAAAACAUGACUUCCAACGACGAUCUGAUGAAAAAUACGAUGUUGAUCAUCGAACACAAAAUUAGAAACCUGGAAAAACGCAAGCUUAAAUUAGAAGGAUACCUCCAACAAAAACAAGAAGGAGUGCGAUUGAGUGAUGAUCAAUUACUAGCUGCAUCAAAAUUUAAUGAAGUAGUUAGUACUUUAGAUUUUGCAAGAAAUCUGAAAGACCAGUUAAAUACUCUUUUAAUAACAGCAAAACAAAUCAGAAAUAGUACAAAUGGUGAAAAACUUCCUACCAAAAUUGAUAGUAAAAUCAAGCAGGUUUUAAAUUUUCAGAAUAUUCUGGAAAGUAUUAAAGAUGAAACUGUUAAACAAGAUUUAUUAGCUGGUAAUAAUGGUGCAGUACAAUUGACUGAUGAUGAGCUCUCAAAAUUGUCAUAUUUUUCUAAAAUGGUUUCACCAAAACGAAGAGUAGAAGAAGGAAAACCACUUUUUGAGGAUCAACUUAAGACUGUUUCCAAGCACUACAUGAAGCUUAUAGAAAGUAGACCUAAUAUUGUAGCUGGUACAAGUUAUGCAGAUUUAAAAGAAUGUUUAUUAAAAAUUGAAAAAAGUGGUUAUCUGAACAAUAUAGUAAAACUUAAAAAUGUUGAUAAAGAAGUAAAUACAACAAAUGAAGAUAAAAGUUUAAAAACCAAAACACCUCAAGAUAUUCAUCAAUCAAUAGCUUCCAUAAGUGAUGAUUCACCAGAUAACAUACCAAUUUCCAGCAAUCCUAAUUUGGAAUUCACUUCAAACAAAAUUGAAACAAUUUAUUUUACAAAUAACAAUAUUAGUGGAGAUACAGUUGAACAAAACCCACAAAAAAGUAAAAACACCACAGAUUCAGUAUUCAAUACAUCCUUUGACUUUUUACAGGAUUCUCAACUUGAAGAAGAUAUUAUAAGCGUUGACAUGAAUUCUAUACCAACUCAAACAUUUUCAUCUACUGUUUACAGUAAUCAUGGACCAACAGAUGAUGCAAUUUUAAAAAUACUAUCUACUCCUCCACAACACCGACCUUUGGAAACAAAACAAAAUCAUUUAGAGAAUGUUGUGGAUGUAAAUGUUUCUAAUUCUAAUUCCUGGACAGGAAAAACAGAAGUAAACUGGCAAAGUAGAACAGAAUCAGGAGAUAGUAAUAAUUUACCUAGAGAAAAUUGGUCAAUGGUUCAAAUUAUAAAUGACAGCACAAAUAAUGAUUGGCUUAUAAAAAACAAUUGGGUUCAAAUGGCUGAAGUAGAUAAACAAAACCAAUCACCAGCACAACCAACUCAACCAUCACCCAAACAUUCCUCUUCUAAUUUCGGUUUAGUUACUAACGGAUACACAGAGAAUUUCGAUGAGUUAUUGCAAAAAUCAGUGGUUUCCAAUAAACAAGAAUCAUACCCUGUUACUACUUCCUCUAAUAAUUCAACGUAUUAUCAAACCAAUUACGGGCAGCAAUCGCUAGAACGUAAUAUUGGGCAUUAUACUAAUUCUAAUGGUAGUAAUCCUAGGAGCCACUCAAAUGAUUUUAAUAAAAGAUCUGCUUCCAUGAAAUCCAAAGCUUCAUAUUCAGGAGAAGGAGGACCAUCACGAGGUUAUCAACAAGGCAACUCAUAUGUUCAUAAUAAUCGCUUUUAUAAAACCAAUAGCAAUACCAACAUGAGUAACGAUUAUUCUAGAAUCUCACGGCAAACCUGAUAAAUCUUACAAUUUAUUACUUAAUUAAAUAUUCUACUGUGGAAAUUGAACAGUAUACAUUUCAUUUAUUAAAUUUGAACUUCUUAGAUAAUAUUAGAGAGCCCGUAUAAGCUCUUAAAGGCUCUUUAUAUAAUACCAAAUACUUAUAUAUCCUCAUAAUUCAAUUGUUCGUAUUUUUUUUUUCUUAAGUAUUUGAGUUCAUUGAACUCAAAAUAUGCACUUACUUCAAUUUAUGCAUUUUUUUUCUUGAAUUGUGACUGUACACUUAAAAAUAAUAACUAUUAUUUAAAAAUGCAUA